GUACUUCAAAACCCAUUCAGAAAAUUCAAAUAAUUCAAAAAAUACAAUCACCAUGUCCGAACAAAAACCAGACAUCAUCUCUAGCUUACCACUAGAGCUUCUCCUCUACAUCAUCAGCUUCCUCCCUUUCGACUCCGCAAGACUAACCCCUUUCGUCUCCACACGGUUUAGGUCCGUUUGGAACCAAGCCUUACUCGUUGCACACACCCAUAACGGCUCCAUCGAGUCAAUCUCUCGCUUCAUCCACAACUUCGACGAACAUGUUCCGUCUAAAAACACUCGGAAGCUGGAGUUACACUUCGACAAGUCAACGCUCGUGUCAACCAUCCUCGCACCCAAUAACGUCAUGCAUAUGAGUUUCUUCUUCUCUGAUGGUUUCAAGGAAGAAGAUAGCUUCUGCUGGCGUAUUGAGACUAACGACCAGGUCCCAAAACGUGUCGAGUCAAGUGGUUUCUUGGUGAAGACGCUUUGUUUAGACUCGGUGUAUUCUUUAACCCACGAGGUCGUUUCCUCCAUGGUGUUGAAUUUUUCUUGGCUUGAGAACCUCAAGAUUUGUGGUUGCAAGGGGUUGACUUCUCUCACUAUUGAUUCACCAACUAAGCUGCUUCACUUGUCGAUCUCGGGUUGCCCGAAGCUGAGAUUUCUCGAUAUAAGAUCAUCUAAGCUUAAAACUCUUCAUUACCAAGGGUUUCUACCUACGACCAAGAUCCAUGAACAUUUUAACUUGACCAAUGCGGUUUUCGACGUAAGACAAGGCCCAAGAUAUUGCAACAAUGAUUUAGACAUCGGUCCUCUCUUGCUAAUCAUCAAGAACUCUCAAUCUCUUACACUUUGCAGAUGGAUGUUUGAGGAACUAAUCAAACCAUCUAUAUCCUCUUCUUGGACAUCAUUCAAAUUCUACAAGUUACAUGAGUUGCGGUGGAUUGAUAACUCGAUGAAACAAGAAAACACCAAUUCACUAAUCUCUUUUCUUAAACUUUGUCCUUCUGUCGAGCGCAUCUUCAUUACCAUUGAUUCAAAUACUUAUAGUUCAAAUGAAGAAACGAGUGUUGAUGCUGACUAUGGGAGCAAGCAUGCAAGAGUACUAAGAAACUUAAAGCUGGUCAAGUUGGAAGGAUCCAAGAGUGAAGAGGACAAGAAUCAAUUAAUAUUGGCUCUACAGGAGGUGGUCGAUAUCAAUCAGCCUCUGCUUAUACUGUCUUCAUUUUCUUGAAAUCAAAUCAGAUUAGAAAUGGGAACGACAAAAUCUUUAUGUAUAAAGUUACACGCAUGAGCAUGCUUUAAUUAAGUUGCUGCCACUCGUGGGUUUAUAUUUCUUGCUGUACAAGAAAACCUCGUCAAAGUAAAACUCAAACUCGGCGGUUUUGUCAUGAUUCAACGAUUAAUGAGUUUCACCAUACUUAAUAUUAUAAGGGACAUUUGCUAAAACCAACCCAAAUAUUCAAGUCAAAUGUAAAAGUGUACCCCACUUUCAGUCAAAUGCAAAACCAACCUAAAGGAGUAGUGAAAGUACUAUUUCACCCUUAUGACCAAACAAAAAACAUAAAUGUAUUUUACGUUUCUAUCCUUUGGAAGUCUACACGUAAUAAAAGAAGUCUACAUAUAUAUAGACUUCCU